UGAAUGUGGUAAAGAGGUUCACCACCAACGAUCUCUCUAGAGACAUUUAACAAAGAAACCUUUAUUUAUUUAAACCAUACAAGAUGUUUUAAAGUGACACAUGUAGAAACUGUUAAAUUUAAUGUUUAUGUCAACAUCAAAAAUCUGUGGUAAAAUGACUGAAUGUGGACAAAGAUUUAGUCAAAAGACAAACUUAGACCGACACAUGAGAAUCCACACAGGAGAAAAACCAUUCAGCUGUGAUGAAUGUGGACAAAGAUUUGUUGGAAAGGGGGACUUAAACAGACAUAUGAGAAUCCACACAGGAGACAAACCAUUCAGCUGUGAUGAGUGUGGACAAAGAUUUAGUCACAAGACACACUUAAACCAACACAUGAGAAUCCACACAGGCGAUAAACCAUUCAGCUGUGAUGAAUGUGGACAAAGAUUUAGUCAAAAGACACACUUAGACCAACACACGAGAAUUCACACAGGAGAAACACCAUUCAGCUGUGAUGAGUGUGGACAAAGAUUUAGUCGCAAGACAAACUUAAACCAACACAUGAGAAUCCAUACAGGAGAAACACCAUUCAGCUGUGAUGAGUGUGGACAAAGAUUUAGCCGCAAGACAAACUUAAACCAACACAUGAGAAUCCACACAGGAGACAAACCAUUUAGCUGUGAUGAAUGUGGACAAAGAUUUAGUCAAAAGACAAGCUUAAACCAACACAUGAUAAUCCACACAGGAGAAACACCAUUCAGCUGUGAUGAGUGUGGACAAAGAUUUAGCCGCAAGACAAACUUAAACACACACAUGAGAAUUCACACAGCAGACAAACCAUUCAGCUGUGAUGAAUGUGGACAAAGAUUUAGUCAAAAGACAAGCUUAAACCGACACAUGAGAAUUCACACAGGAGACAAACCAUUCAGCUGUGAUGAAUGUGGACAAAGAUUUGUUGGAAAGGGGGACUUAAACAGACACAUGAGAAUCCACACAGGACAGAGACCGUUUCCUUGUGAGGUUUGUGGUGAAUUAUUUAGAUGGCGUGUCUCUUUAAAAGGACACAUGCGUGUCCACACAAAAUAGAAACGACGAAAGUGCAAAAUUUUGCUACUAAUAUGUAAACAAUGUUGUUUACAGUGUAAAUAUGUGCUGGUUAGAGGAACUUCAAGGGGGUAUUCUACGGUGGUGAUACACUGUGGUGUCUCUUCAGUACCCACCAUUGACCUUGACUUGAACAUUACCUGGUCAUGCCUAGGGCAAAAUGUGCCUCAUCAGAUUUUGUUGUCUUUUUUUAGUAGUUGAAAUCUGUUGUUCAUUCAUUCAUUGCCCAUUGGUACCUUCACAAAUUUGUCCAUAUUUUGCUAGCAGCUAAGAUCCUAAUCUCGAUGAGCUCGCAAGACAGGUGAAGAGUUGUUAUGAUGCAAAAACACAAAUUAAUAACUUAGAUCCUUACAAGCUGAAUGAUGAAUGAUGUUCAGGUUUAGGUGUUUCCACCUGUUCAGUCUCAGACAUCUGUGUUUAUCUGGUGUUUGGACGUUCUGUCAAGAAUUUAAAAAUUACUGAUGAUUAAAUGCUCCUGCAGCCAUUUUACAAAGGGAAGGAAGAGGACCGAGUC